UUCCCGUUACAAGGCAAGGAAAAAGUGAAUCAUUUAAGGUUUAGGUAGUUGAUUCAGUGUUACAUACUUCUUGAUUCUCGCCAUCAGAGGCUCUUCAUAAAACUAAUCUAGGUACUUUAAUCCGUUCAUUAGCUGGCUUGGAAGAGCCGUAGAAAGUUGAACCCUUCUCAUUGAUCGUAAACAACAAACAACGUUCCUCUUUCGGGGCACGUUUUUGAGAGGCAACGCCACCCUCAUUUCAUCUCACUUGCGGCACGCGUUAAAGAAUCAUUAAAUAGGUACUCUACUAUUACAUCCUACCUAUCACUUGAACGGCUUGAUCGUAUAUCACGAUGCCUCUUGGAUUCGAGCGAAUCAAUGCAAGAAAAUCGCAGCCAAAUGACCAUAUCGUCUUCAUCAAACCCUUAGAAGGCCCUGACAAAGAGAUCGCGCAGCAGUUCUUGGAACGGAUCGCAGCACAAUGUUUACCAAUCAUGAAAGAACAUCACAUCUCAGUUGUGUCCCUAGAAGAGUACGAGCCAAACAGGGAGUUUGUUGGCCGUAACUUCAAUGCGGGAGAAGUUAUACAGCUAGUGUUGAAAUCACUUUCUACCAGACAAUGGCUACCCUUCAACUACGUUCAGAUGGUGAUGAUGCACGAGCUGGCUCAUUGCAAGCAAAUGAAUCACUCUAAGGCUUUUUGGGCUGUCAGAAAUAGCUAUGCAGAUCAAAUGAGAGUCCUGUGGUCGCGCAAAUACACCGGCGAGGGAUUAUGGGGAAGAGGCACGCUACUAGAAACCGGAGAGUUCGAGAAGAAUACGGUAUUGUCGGACAAAGAUCUACCGGAGCAUCUGUGCGGCGGAACCUAUCGUUCAAGGGGCAGAAAGCGAAAACAAAAGAAGCAAUUAUCUUAUCAGGAACGAAAAGAGCGCCGAAUUUUGAAGAAGUUUGGUGCGAACGGAGUCGCUCUCGGCGAAGACGAAGUUAUUAAAACCGAACUAGAGAAGGGGAAGAAGACUCAAGGCAAGCCCCGUGUAGCAGGAAGCAAACGAGGCCGGGAACUCAGAGCGGCAGCAGCCCUGGCACGGUUCGACCAGCAGAAGAAGGCCGAAGAAACGAAAGAUGAACAAGAUAGCGAUGUCAAGAAAGAAGAAGACAGCGAAUCAGAGACGUCUAGCGAUAGUGAAGGCGAAGCUGCCGUAGAUAUCAACGGUCGACGGCUUGUUGAUAAUAAGGGCCAUAAUUUGGUCAAAGUAUGCGAGGACGAAGACGCCAGAGACGAAGAUGUACAGAACGAACUUAAGGAGCUUUUCCAAUCCACCAUUAAAGUGAAGCCCGAGAAGCUCGAAGUGGUAGCACCGAUAAGAACUAUACCUCAAGCAACGGCAUCGACGAAACGACGCGCCAGCGAGAAGAAGUCGAGUAAGAGUAUUAAGAGUCCACCGUCAGAAGAAGCAAGCAGCGCUACUAUCUCUAUUAGUAGCAUCCCUAGUUCAGCUACGGGCGCUUGUCCUAUGUGCUCGUUCGAUAAUGGUUCAGGAGCUACUAUAUGUGGUAUCUGUUCUCACGUUCUAGAUCCCAGCAAGGUACCGAAUUCGUGGAAAUGCAAGAGCUCGUCUUGCCGGGACAGCUUGUAUUUGAACGCCGGGGACUCUGGAAUCUGUGGUGUCUGUGGUGGGCGGAAAGGAGUGUAACCAACGCGCACACCGAAUUUAAUUAGAGGGAGGCACUUUUACCUUUUCGUCACAUGUUGAACGUUUCCUUCGAAAGAGAAUAUUCGUUAUUGGUUGGGCUUGGUUAUGUAUGUAUCAAGUUCUUAACAAGGGCGAUGUACGUAAUUCAGCCUUGGUUGGACCGUUUCUAAUCCUUCCCGGCCUGCCUCAUCUAACGUUG